UAAGACUGGGAAAGAUGAAUGGCAAAAUCAUUACAUCAAAAACCUCAGAACUGGAGAACCCUCUGAUAAGAAACGGAGACUGCCGACAUGUCGGAUUCUCAGAACAGCACACUAGCAACGUUUCAUGGUGAUGACAAGAUGGAAGAGGACUCUGGAUCUAUGGGAUUGAUUGGUGAAGGUGUGGGUUUUGAUGAUAGAAUCCAGGAAGAACAAAUGCAUACCGGGAAUAAGGAGCACUCUUUGAAUAGUCUCGAUCCUGUAAAUCAUGUUCGUGAGCCACGUCCUAACACAGACACGACGGCGGAACCAUCAAUUAAGGAACCAUCAACUAAGGCCAUCUCAAAAAGUUUGUCUCGGACAGACAUAGAAGAAAGACUGAGCGUUCCUGCAAGUUGUCUACACCUUUUCCCAAUGCCUGAAGGUGUAAGAGAAAUUGAGUUCCAAGCAAUCGACACUCUUGGGAAGCAGUGGAACUUUAAGCUAUCCUGUCGCUCUGAAGGACAUCCUAAACCUGUUAUCACUGGGCAGUGGCUUAGUUUUGUGAAGGAUAAAGGUGUCAAGGUAGGUGAUACCGUAACAAUAUCUCAACAAAAUAAUGGAACGAAUGAAGUCCAAUACAGCAUUUCAGUGUCCAGAAAGCUUUUCAAUGUUUUGGCUACCUUGCCGGCUUGAGCUUCUUUUCUGCUGCCUAGCAUGAGCAGCUCAGUUGUGCAUAUUGCCCGUGUUGUUUUUUAUUUUUCUUUCGCUAAACAUAGUGCUAUGGUUGUCAUGUCUAUCUCCUGCAUAAGUGUGCUCUCUGCAGAGUGAUCUUCUUUGAAGCGCCGCCUUGACUCUCUCAAGUAACGCAUGUCCAGUAUUAAACUCGAGUUUUGUGAAGGAUAAAGGUGUCAACAAGGAAGGUGAUACCGUAACAAUAUCUCCGCAAAAUAAUGGAACGAAUGAAGGCCAAUACAGCAUUUCAGUGUCCAGAAAGCGUUUCAAUGUCUUGGCUACCUUGCCAGCUUGAGCUUCGUUUCUGCUGCCCAGCAUGAGCAGCUCAGUUGUGCAUAUUGCCCGUGUUGUUUUUUAAUUUUUCUUUUGCUGAACAUAUGGCUAUGGUUGUCAUGUCUAUCUCCUGCAUUAGUAUGCAUUCUGCAGAGUAACCUUCUUUGAAGCGUGGCCUUGACUCUCUCAAGUAAAUCUUUCAAGAAAAAAUGUAAGUCUGAUUUUGUUUGAUUUACAAUUUGAUAGUGAAGUGUAAAAAUAUUAGAACAUGGUGUAUUUUUAUGCUGAAGAAAACAAAUGAUGAAGAGAUCUGUUACA